CAAUUUCGAAGAUUAUCAUAGAGCUUUUCAAAAUUUUGACAACGGUUCUACAAAUAUAAUGGCAGACAAUCAGCAAAGUAGAUUUGAGAAAUCUUUGGGUUUAUUGACUACACGGUUUGUUUCACUUCUUCAAAAAGCAAAAGAUGGUGUAUUAGAUCUGAAAGUGGCUGCCGAUUUAUUAGAGGUACGUCAAAAAAGACGUAUAUAUGACAUUACGAAUGUUUUGGAAGGAAUUGGACUCAUUGAAAAGAAAAGUAAAAAUAGUAUCCAAUGGAAGGGUGCAGGACCAGGAUGCAACAGUCAAGAAGUUGGGGCAAAACUUGGAGAUUUAAAAGAAGAAUUGAGGCAAUUGGAGGAGCAUGAACAGCUUCUUGAUACCCACAUGCAGUGGAUACAACAGAGUAUAAAAAAUAUUGAAAGUGAUAUAAAAAAUCGACGAUAUGCCUAUGUAACAUAUGAAGAUAUAAAAGAACAAUAUCCAAAUGAAUUUGUUUUGCUUGUACAAGCACCACCAGAAACAGUUUUAAAAGUACCAAACCUUGAAAAAAUAGAAGAAAAUGAAACAAGAAAUGUGAAUUAUGAAAUGUUCUUAAAGAGUCCGUCAGGAGAAAUAAAAGUAUUUAUGGUUCAGCCACUUUUAGCUGAAACGUAUGAUACAAAGAUGUUAGAACAAAGAUUAGAAGAAUCAGAAGUGAAAGGAAUCAAAAGGGAGAAUUCAGAGAGUGAAAAUAAAGAUGAUUCCAAGCCAAAGAGAAAGUUGUCUAGAUUAUCGAAAAGUAGUGCAAAGCGUGAUUCACUAUCAGAUGACGAAGAAACCGAAGAUACCGAUUUAUUAGAUGCUAAAAUAUUACUCAACGAUUUUACCUCAAAACUUCAAUCAGAUUCUAGUUUGCUCGAUGAAUUUUAUUCAGAUUUCUGUGGCCCGUUAAUAAGUUUAAGUCCACCACCAAGUGAAAAAGAUUUUCACUUCAACCUUAGUGAUCACGAAGGAGUACUUGAUUUGUUUGAUAUUACAGCUCAAUGAAUAUUGUUCGAAGAUAAUUAUUUAAUUAAUAAUUUACACUAUUGACGUAGCUAUUUUAUUGACAUUCUACAAUGUGGUUAAAAGUGAAUUUGGUUGCACGAAGAAAUUUAGUGUUUGAUAUUUCAUAAAUGAUAUGAUGCAAGAGAAUUGGUUAGAAUUGUAAGUGGAGAAUGGUCUCGUUGAAAGGAAUAAAUAUUCAAUCGUUUUUGGACUUAUUAUUGACAUUUCAUAUCAUCUUGAGGUUCGCUAUGUUAUCAAUUGUGACCAAAUUGAUAUAUUAACAAUUAUAAGUUGAAUAUAAAAUUAUAAAACUUGUGAAAGGUGUUUAUAUUUUUUCUCAAUGAUAAUGACAAAAUAACACUUCUUCACAAGAACAAGGGAACAUCAAUCAUAGAAAUAUUAUAAUUUUUGUCAUUUUUUGGGUAGAAAAAUGAAAAAUAUUCCAGAAAUUAUCAACUAAUUUAAUAGUGACAAGAACGGAAUAAAAAAAAACUUUUUAAAGACUAUGUAAAAUAAUGAUUGAAAUUACGUUUAUUGAGACAAAGUAUUCAUUUCUUGAGUAAAUGAAUAUCAUAAUGAUUUAUUUGUAUACGGUGUUUUUGUUGUCAUAAAUAGAGGUACCUGUAGAUGUUUUUAAUAGAUAUGAUAAUUUGUCAUUGUAACAAUAAAGCCAUUUUGUAAGGAUCUAAUGCAUAAUUAAAAUCAAACUCACUGAUAAUUUAA